AACGACCAUGCCAAAUCAGCUGCGCCGUUCCUUGUGUAUCUGCAAUUUUGCAUAACAAAAAUAAAAAUAUCUCAUAAUUGAUUUAGCCCUAUAAGCAAGGCCAAGCGAAAGUACUCAAAAUUGCUGGCGACUGGCAAACGUAGUGUAAACAUCGAGCGGAAUAGGCAUAGAACGGUAAAGAGUAUCUAGAAUGGGUCAGCACACGGCGUCGCAGAGAAAGAAUGUGAGGAUAUUGCUUGUCGGCGAUGCCGGGGUUGGAAAAACGUCGUUGAUAUUGUCGCUAGUGAGCGAGGAGUAUCCCGAAGAGGUGCCACCCCGAGCUGAGGAGAUCACCAUACCCGCCAAUGUCACACCUGAACAAGUACCUACAAAUAUUGUGGAUUUCUCAAGUGUGGAGCAGACAGAUGAGGCUCUUAGUGCCGAGAUAAACAAGGCUCAUGUGGUGUGCAUUGUCUAUGCGGUGGACGAUGAUGAUUCCCUGGAUCGUAUUACAUCCCAUUGGCUGCCAUUGGUUCGCGCCACAUGCAAUGCGACGGCGGGAUCUUCGGCAGACGACUCUGCAGCAUCUGCGGAUGGUGACGUAGUUGAGGGUUUGCCCGAAGCAGCUCGCAAACCGAUUGUUUUAGUUGGCAACAAAAUAGAUCUCAUUGAGUAUUCAACCAUAGACAGUGUUCUGGCCAUAAUGGAGGACUAUCCGGAGAUCGAAAGCUGUGUGGAAUGCUCUGCAAAAACGUUGCACAACAUCUCCGAAAUGUUUUACUACGCACAAAAGGCAGUUCUGCAUCCCACUUCGCCGUUGUACAUAAUGGAGGAGCAAGAUUUAACUCCCGCAUGUAAAAAGUCACUGAAGCGAAUUUUUCAGAUAUGCGAUAUAGAUGGCGAUAAUCGGCUAAAUGACUACGAAUUAAAUUUGUUCCAGCGCCGUUGCUUCAACACGCCGCUGCAGCCACAAAUCCUCGAUGAGGUAAAGUCAGUUAUACAAAAGAACGUGCCCGAUGGCAUUGCCAACGACGCUGUGACGUUAAAGGGUUUCCUCUUUCUGCACUGCUUGUUUAUUCAACGCGGACGAAACGAGACUACCUGGGCGGUGCUUCGGCGAUUUGGCUACAACGAUCGUUUGGAGAUGUGCCAGGAGUAUUUACGUCCGCCAUUGAAAAUACCACCAGGCAGCAGCACGGAACUGUCGCAUCGCGGCCAGCAAUUUCUUAUUGCCGUGUUCGAGAGAUAUGACCGGGACUGCGAUGGCGCACUAUCGCCGGAAGAGCACAAAAUGCUUUUCAGCACUUGCCCUUCGUCGCCUUGGUCGUACUCCAUGGAUAUACGGAAGUCGUGCCCCACCAAUGAUGCUGGCUGGGUCACUCUGCAUGGAUGGCUCUGCCGUUGGACCCUCAUGACGCUUAUCGACGUUGUAAAGACUAUGGAAUAUUUGGCCUAUCUGGGGUUCAAUGUUCAUGAAAACGAUAGCCAGUUAGCUGCCAUACAUGUGACCCGUGAGCGCCGCAUAGAUUUGGCCAAACGUCAGAGCAGUCGAUCCGUUUACAAAUGUCAUGUUAUUGGACCCAAGGCUUCUGGCAAAACUGGGCUCUGUCGUGGUUUUCUAGUCGAAGAUAUGAGCAAACUAAUUGGCAAGGAGUUCAAGACAAACAUUGUUCAUUGCAUCAAUGCCGUGCAAGUCUAUGGCCAAGAGAAACAUUUAAUAUUGCGCGACAUUGAUGUGAGACACGCCUUGGAUCCGCUACAACCUCAGGAGGUGAACUGCGAUGUAGCUUGUCUAGUCUAUGACGCUUCCAAUCCGCGGUCCUUUGAGUAUGUGGCCCGCAUUUACAUCAAGUAUUAUGCGGAAAGUAAAAUUCCCGUAAUGAUUGUUGGAUCAAAGAGUGAUGUGGAUGAGCGUCGUCAGGAUUAUCUAAUGCAACCGUCAGAGUUUUGUGAGAAAUAUAAAUUGUUGCCGCCGCAUCUCUUUAGCCUGAAGACAAACAAAAAAGAACUAUACACUAAACUGGCCACAAUGGCAGCGUUUCCGCGUUUCCAAGCCGCCUGGAUACUGUUCUACAAGCACAGGUUGGUACAGCUGUGGCAAUCGGCCCAUCUGCGACAGUUUGCUCUGAUGACCGAGAAUCCUCAGAUGUGGUGGAAGGCCGGAUUGGGCGUGGCUGCUGCCACUGUGCUUGGCUUUAUAGUGUUAAGAACAUUUAAUGCUGUCGGCACGCAUUCACGUUAAGGACCAUAAGAAGGAUAUCACACAAAGAACUGCCCAAAGCUAAAGCAGAGGCGCACACCCAAACACACACACACACAGCAUAUUCAAACCAAAAGCCAACGAACACAUGCAUAGAUACGUCAAGUGUUGAAAAUUCAUGUAAAAUGUAAUCAUUUCCUUUUUUUGCUUGCUACUGUAAAUCGAAAUUUAUUGUUAGAAAAGAGAAAUGGAAGCGAAACGAUUGAGAAUUGGGACACAUA